AGCAAUUUCCACCGAGAACACUGUCUCCAACGGAACUACCGCCCACGUCUAAGUCAACACGCGUCACUACAUCGCAGAAACGGCACCUACAGAAGCUCAGCAAUAAUGUCUCUUGAAUCGGCGCUCGACGAAGAGAGGAGGGAGGUCAUGGCGCUGCUGGAAGGGCGGCCAUCUGUUCCUAGGCCACCGCGCACCGAAAGCCCCCUUGCCCGCGCGCAAAGCCCUGCUGCCGCAGUAUCGCCAGUGCGGAGCAUGCUCGACAUUGGCCCAGCCCCAUCCUCAGCUCGCCAUGCCUCAGUUGCGGGCACUGGCGUCGGCAUCGCAACUCCCUAUGGCAGCAUGCUCGACCCUUCCUCCCCACGAGCGAAUCGAAGCUCCAGUCGCGGACCUACGUCUCCGCCGCCCUCUGCUCGCAGCCUUGCAAGUCCCAGAGCGAACCCUGAAGCCGCCUACCAGUUCGAGAUGAUGCCGACCAUAGAGGCCCACUCCAUGCCCAAGCGGGUGUCACAAGGAGGAAAGAAGAAAUCAAAAGGCGCCAUGUCUGCAAUAUACGGAAACUCAUCCGAUUUACAUCAUGGCGGCACGAGAGAUCGAGAGCGGCACAAUUCUCUAGGUGGACUCCUCGGCAAAGGCAAAUCAGGCUCGCCAGAUCCUGGCAGGUCAGCGUCUCCCGGAGGACGAAAGCUUAAUACCAACUCGUUUAAUUUGAUGCCUGAUCCUAAGAAAUACGUAACGGACUCGGGGAAGAUUGUGGAUAUGCAGAGUGCAUACCGAAGAUUGUCGGACGCUGCUCUCCUCCGUUCGGGCGGGGCACUCUCUACGUUGCCUGUUCGUAAGGGCUCAGAUCCCGUGAAAGGAGAAUCACUUGCGCCCGGUGGGGGAGUGCGAUUAGCGAUGGACGAUUUCGGUGACGAUGAGGCUGCGGUGGAUUCAAGCGAAGACGACGAUUCAGAUGCAAGUUCAGAAAGGGGAGACUGGAGUUCGUCGAAGAGGAGAGGAAGACGACGUACCAGACAAAGCGACGAGACUGAAAAGCGCGGUGCUGAGAAGAAGAAACCGAAGAGUCUCUUGGCAGCAGCUGAGGACGAACGUAAAGAAGUAUCAUCGAGCUACAAAGUCAGGUCUUUACUCGAACCUACCGUCACCGUCACGAGCCCGGAUGGCGAGAAAAUGACAAGCAAGAAAACUGGGGUCCAUCCCCACACCAACUUCGAUCAGGGCGGAUCGGGAUACUCAACCCCCUUCAGUUCUGACACUGAGGCUGACUUUAACGAAAUAAAGUCAGCACAGCAGCUAGCUAUGAAUAUCUCCCCAAUCCAUUCAAGUCCCGAGGCGCAUCGUUGUGUCCGACAAGUCAUUCGCGGAAAGUGGCGCCAGUUCCAGGAGGACGCUGAGAAAGGCCUACGACGGCAGCGGGUUUACCUCGUUGCAACUGAUCUCAGCGAAGAGGCCGCUUAUGCUUUAGAGUGGACAAUUGGCACGGUCUUGCGAGAUGGUGAUACUCUCCUAGCUGUGUAUGCCGUUGAUGAAGAAAUUGGCGUCGGCGGCGAUUCCUCUGGGGCUGGCACAAGUGGAGGCGCUACGGCCCAGCAGGAGUCAGACUCUUUGUUGAAGACACUCUCAAGUCACGGAGGCUUGUCAAACGAAGGACUUGGGCCCGGACCCUCACCAUUGCAUAAUAGUGUGUCAGCAUCCGAAGCGGAUGUUAGCACCAUGGGAAAAGCGGAGAAAGAGCGAUAUCAGGCAGCGGUGGAGGUAUCAGAUCGAUGCGUCAAAUUGCUUAGAAAGACACGCUUGCAAGUCCGGGUUGUGGUGGAGGUUUUCCAUUGCAAGAGUCCAAAGCACAUGAUCACGGAAGUGAUUGAUUUUCUCGAGCCAACAUUGGUCAUCCUCGGAUCUAGAGGCCGAAGCGCUCUAAAAGGUGUCCUAUUGGGCUCUUUCAGUAAUUACCUCGUCACGAAGUCCUCCGUCCCAGUGAUGGUCGCUCGAAAACGCCUUCGAAAACACAGCAAAUAUAAGCGAAAAAAUCUGCGACUAUCCAAUGUGCUCACGAAUCCAACCGGGAAACUUGCAAACGCCAAAAUUGAUUGAUCCAUCUGUCUGGAGAUUUGUCAUGUGGUCUCAAGAUUGUUCAUCUGGGCUGAGCGCAGUGGGAUGUGCGAUGGCGGGAAGUUGGAGUUGCGAA